AUGUUGCCGGCAAUGCCAGCGUUUUUCAUCGAAAUCCAAAGUUGCGCACCGUGGCCGCUGAUCCAAGAGUGGCCUGAGUUCGUCGUGGAUUCCGGUCGACCUCUUCCCACACCUACGAUCGCCGCGCUCACCACCUUGCAGGGGAGGCGUGGUCAUUGGGCUCGACCAGUGCUGCGCGGCGCUGCCUCGAACAUGUGGUCGUCGACGAUCCUUCUCUCCUUAUCCAGUGUCUUCGGAAUCAUCGGUCUAGUACUCGUACUUGCAGCAGCACUUACUGAUAACUGGACAGAAUACCAGGUAGAGAGAGUAGAGACAGUCCUGUCUUUUGACCAUUUUUUCUGUGUAAACCGGCGGGAGGUGAUCAACGCGUUCAACCGAGAACCCGAAUUGAACGUACGCCUAAAAGAUGCAUUUGUCCGUAACGUCAACUAUUUUUCGCGAAAUUACGGACUAUUUCAAAUUUGUUUUCCGGAUUCCGUACCAUCUGAUAUCGGCAGCUUUUCGAAAUACGGAUCUCCAUGCAUUGACAACACCGACUACUUCCCAGUUGAGUCUCUUCAAGAGAACUAUUCUUCUCAACAAAAUCAGCGCUUGUACUUUAUGCGAGCUAAUGUAGUCACGUACGUUCUUGGUAAGAUGUCGUUCUUUUCAUUAGUCAUCAAGUUUAGGGUAUGGAUGCUUGAUGCAAAGCUUUCUUCUAAUUCCUUUUUAGUUCUGUUGUUCGCGGUAUCCAUGGCUUGCUGGCACUAUGUUAACUAUCUCGAACGAGCCGUACUCGAAAUGCCACCGUUCUAUAAGUCAUGGGAGCCAAUUCUUAAAUCCACAACUCGUUUCAAUUUCGGAUGGUCACUGGUCGUGGCAUGGGUCGGCAUACUUUUCAUUCUCUUUGCUUCGGUGUUCUUCAUUUGUUCAGCUAGUCGAUUAAAGAAGGAAGAGGAGAAAGCGCUGUCGGCCAAGCAUGGUGUGUACAUGAUGAACAACUACUAUGACAAAGGAGCAAUGGUUCCAUACGGUUACAACACUUAUGGUGGUUACGGUAACUAUCCAUACGGCUACGGAGGACAAUACAGCAACGGAUAUUACGGAUACAUGACGUAUGGACGUUGA